UAAUUCCUUUUAUUAAAUUGUCUCCAGUUCUCCGUAUUCCUGCUGAUCAUCUUCUUAGCUGAGCUGGCAGUCGGCAUCGCUGGCUACAUGAAGCACCAGGACCUGGAGAACUCGAUACUGGCUCACCUGAACGGCACCAUCAAGGAGUACGACACCAACAAGGACGUCGCCAAAACAUUCGACAUCGUACAGACUGACUUCAAAUGUUGCGGUAUCAACGGCCCCGAUGACUGGAAAGCCAACAACAUCUCGAUGCCGGCGACCUGCUGCUCGGGUCAGGAGAUCACUGGCGGCGUGCCCGCGCCUUGCACUCCGCUCUCCGACCACUUCCACAAGGAGGGCUGCCUCGACAAACUCGUCCAGUACUUCAAGGACACCGCCCUUGUACUCGGCGGUGUUGGCAUAGGAGUUGCUAUAGUGCAGCUGCUUGGUGUCAUAUUCGCUUGCUGUCUCGCUCGCUCCAUCCGCAGUCAGUACGAGACCGUAUAAACGUAAUACCAUAUUUCAUUAUCUCUAGAUCUAGAUUUUAAUAGCAGUGCCCAAUUUUCCAUACAAUACUUUUUUUUUUACUAAGUUGUGAUCAAGUACACCUCAACUAUGUCAUGUAUAUUUUGAAGUUAUUUAUUUUAUUAUUGUUAUUCCAGAUGAUUUUGUUUAUUUUAUUGUAAGAUUUAAAUGUAUGAAAUAUCUCGUAAGCACUAACGAAUACGUGUAUCAGGAGGUACUGUAAUUUCAAUAUAAAGGUGUGGAAUUUUAUUCUUGUCGUGUUGCAAAUGAAGGAGUGAUACAAGCACAAUGCACAGUUUUUCUUAACAUUCACCAUAAAGUGUGCUCAGUGUAGAAGACUGAUUUUUGGAAUAGAAAUGGAUACAAUGCCAAAUCAUAUCUGAAUUUUCCUACAUUUUAUACUGUCCUGUCUCAAUUCGACUAUUAUAGUAUUAAUGUAAUUAUUGUACCUUUACUAUUCGUAUUUCAUAUUUAACCAAUGUAGAAGUGGUGCACUCUUAUAUUAGAUUUGUACUAUUCGUUUGUUAAUUAGAAGCAAUCUCACAAACAAUGUAUCUUUGAAUUCGACCUAAGAUAUGUUCAAUUCAAUAUGAAAAAAAUUGCAUCUAAUUCUGAAACGGAGUUCUUAGAUCUUUAUACUUAUCGAUUAAAAGUGUUUUAGGUCAUGUAUAUUUAUAAUAAAAUCUGCAUUAUCCAAAA